GCGCAGCAACUGGAUGUGACCCACGAGCCCGUGUCGCCGCAGCCUGACUCUCCGCGACACCCGCGAGAGUUUAAGCGCCGAAUAUCCGGCAAGUUCUCCAUGAAUGAGAACAAGGUAUUGGAGCAGAAGGUCGUUCUGGCGAUGGUCGGGCUGCCUGCGAGAGGUAAGUCCUACAUCUCGAAGGCCAUUGUCCGUUACCUCAAUUUCGUGGGGUGCCCUACGCAGCUCUUCAACGCGGGGAACUUAAGGCGCUCGGCGGGCAAGAGCGGCGUGGAUGCCAACUUCUUUGACAGUUCCAACGAGAACGCAAAGAAGCUUCGGGACGAGCUGGCGAUGGAAUGCCUGGAUCAGCUUCUGGCCUUUCUGGAGAAGGAGGGUCAGGCCACCGCCGUUGGCAUCCUGGACGCUACGAACACCACGCUGGAGAGGCGGAGGAAGGUCAAGGAACGUGUCCUGGCCCACACAGGCAUCCGGCUCAUUUUUUUGGAGUCCAUCUGCGACGAUGGGGCCAUCCUGUCACACAACUACGAUCUGAAAUUGGGUAACGAGGACUACGUCGGAAUGAAGGCCGAGAAGGCUCUCCAGGACUUCUUGGAGCGCGUGGAGCAGUAUGCCCAGGUCUAUGAGCCUGUCGAAGACGGAGAGUGCUCCGACAGAUGUGGCUACAUCAAGCUUAUUAAUGCUGGGGAAAAAUUGAUCUGUAAUCACUGCCGCUCCAAAGAUGAUGAGUACGGCGUGAUGAGGUACAUUGUGGGCCUUAUGUCCAGCAUCAACCUCGGGAAGCGCUGCAUCAUGCUGGCCGUGGUCGGGGAAACAGAGCACGACAGGAAGGGCGUCCUCGGUGGUGACUCAGCUCUGACACAAGCAGGGAAACAGCAUGCUGCAGCCCUCGCCAGAUUCGUUGCCGAGCGAGAGGAGGCUGCGGGCAAGCCCAUGCUUGUAAUGUGUGGCACGCUGACCAGACACCUGCAAACCGUCGAAGCUCUCAAGGCAAUACGGCCCAAUUCUGGGCAAAAGCCGCGGAAAGUCUUGAAGCUGCAGCGGCUCAACGAGCUUUGUGCUGGUGAUCUGGACAGCCUCUCCUAUGAGGAGUUCAAAGAGUUCUAUCCAGAGGAAUUCUCAGCCCGGCAGCGAGACAAGCUCAACUACCGCUAUCCGGGUGUCGGUGGCGAGAGUUACCAGGAUGUGCUCUUCCGACUUUCUUUCCUGGUCUUGCGGCUGGAGCAGAUUAUUGGCAAUGUUCUCAUCGUUUGCGACAAGGCAGUGUGCCGGGUUCUUCUUGCAUACUAUCGUGGUGUGAAGAAUGAGGACCUGCCGUAUCUACAGGUGAGACCAGGAGUGAUGACUUUUGAACGAUCGCACAUCGGCUUCACAGAGGACUACGUGCACAAGAUGGGGAUGAGCCCGGCAAUCUCAAAAUCGUGCGCUGAGCUCCAGUCCAUGGCUGGAGCCAAGUAG